UGGGAUCGUAGCGUUAUCUGUGACGAAUUGUCAUUCUGUGUGGAUUAGGCGAUGAAAAUCGAAGUUUCAUUCGAUUUUUAAGAGAAAAUUAAUUAAAUUACCGAUCGUUUAUAAGGUAAAGGGCUAUUUUAAAGAUAAAUAUGGGAGGAAAUGGUCAUAUUAUACCAAAUACACCCAUUGCCGUCGAUUUAUGGAGUCCUACCAAACAUCCCGAAGCAAAGAUUUUCUUUCUCAGUCAUUUCCAUUCAGAUCAUAUUGUUGGAUUGACUUCUUCGUGGAGUUUUCCCAUAUAUACAUCAGAAAUUACAGCAAAAUUACUGGUUGGAAAAUUAAAGAUUAAUUCAACUCUAAUAAGAGAAUUGGAAUUGAAUAAAGACCACUUAAUUCCAUUAGAUGAUGAAAAGAAAGAAAUGCUGACAGUAAGACUCAUCAAUGCCAACCAUUGUCCAGGAUCUGUGAUGUUUUUAUUUUCAGGAUAUUUUGGUAAUGUCCUUUAUACUGGAGAUUUUCGUUACUCUUCCAAUCUAUUGGAGGGAAUAACUUUGCCCAUUAUAGACGUUUUGUAUCUAGAUAAUACAUAUUGUUCUUCCUCGUGCGAGUUUUAUAGUCGAGAAUAUGCCGUUCAAACUCUUAUUCAACGAUUACACAACUGUCUGAAGAAAAGUGAUCGCAUUAUGAUUGGAAUUGAUAAUUUAGGAAAGGAAGAAGUAUUAUUAAAAAUAUACGAGGAAACUGAAUGCAAAAUAUAUGUAGAUGAUAAUCUAAUGAAGAUAUUAGAAAUCUUGGAAAUAUCGCACGUAGCCACAACCAAUCCUAAAAGUACUAAAUUGCAUGCAGUGCCUACCGUAAAAAUCAACGGAACAAAUUUGAUGAAGUGGAAUAAGUGUGAAGUCACGUGUGCAAUUUUACCAACAGCACGCUACACAGGUUUAGGAUUCAUACCAUUCAGUAGUUAUUCAAAUAUUCAUAUAAUACCAUAUUCCAAUCAUUCUUCAUUUCGAGAACUGAAAGAAUUCGUGAAAAAAGUUCACCCAUGUCAUAUCGAGCCUAUUAUUAAAAAAGAUGCACAAGGUAUAUUAGGUACCGAUAUUUCAUCCAGAGCUAAUAUGGAUGUAUUUACAGAAUUUAUACACGUAUUUACACAAAAACCAAUAACUAUUCCAGAAUCAGUUAGGAAGUUUAUGAGUAAAGUGAUAAGUUCAUCAGAGCAAGCGGAGAGAAAAUUAUCAAGAAAAAGAAGCAUAGAUAAACAAAGAAAAGGGAGUGAAAGUAAUUCAACACAAAAAAGUACAAAAAGAGGACUGAAAAGUCUGCACGUAGAACAGGAGGACGGUUCGUCGGGUAACGUACAAGAAAAUUGGGAAUUAGUCUGCCUUACUGCAACUGAACCACCAAAAAUUAUUGUAGUCGAUUCACUCGAAACCGAGUGAGUUUUAUAUAGAAGUACUGUUAUAAUCAAUCAAACUACUUUUUAUCCAAUUUAUAAAAUAAUUUUCUACAAGAUAUUUUGAGAAAAUAUUAUUUAAAAAUUUAU